AUGCAGCAUCAGCAGCAGCUACAGCAGCAGCAGCAGCAGCAGGCGCCGCAGCAGCAGCAGCAGCAACAGCAGCAGUCCUGUCCCUCCAGCCUGCUUGCUGCAGCUCAAACGCCGCGCAUAGGGCGCGCUGCAGCUGCAGCAGCUGCAGCAGCCGGCACUGAAGCAGCAAAACAAAACAAAGAUAUUUUGCUUAUUGUUUUCAGUUCAUCUACUAGCAGCUACACAAAAAGUAGCAGCAGCAACAGCAGCAGCAGCAGCAGCAGCGGGAGGGACUCCCAGGAGGCCCAGGGGCUAGCGAGCUGUCUUCUGCUGCAGCAGAAGGCCAGCGUUGCUGUUGUUGUUGUUGUUGCUGCUGCUGCUGCUGCUCGGCAGCAGCAGCAGCAGCAGGCCACAAGCUCCACUCGACAACCAGACAGACCAGGACAGCAGCAGCAGCAGCAGCAGCAACCCGGUAGAGCCCUUAUCUAUAAUCAGACGAAGCUGCAACAGCACAGCAGCAACAGCAGCAGGAGCAAUCUCACCACACACAGCGCAACAGCAGCAACAGCAGCAGCAGCAGCAGCAACAGCAACACGCCGCAGCAGCAACAGCCAUCGCGCUUCGCUGAUGAAAAUGGGGGGCAAUCAGCAGGACUACACCCAGCAGCAGCAGCAGCAGCAGCAGCAGGAACGGCAGCAGCACGAAGGGGUGUUGCUAGAUGAGCCCGAAGGCCAGCACACGCAGCAGCAGCAACAAAGUUUGCUGCUGCAGCAGCAAGAGCAGCAUGAGCAGCAACAAGAGCAGCAAGAGCAGCAGCACCGCGAAGCGGAAAAGCAAUCAGCCGCAGAGCAGCAACAGCAGCAGCAGCAGCAGCAGCUGCAGAGGUGUUGCUGCGCAGACAUUCUCUCCGAGGCACUGCAGCAGGAGGGAGCUGCCUAUACACCUGAAGGAGUCCUUGCUGCUGCUCGCAUGCUUCCUCCCUGCGCUAUGCACUCCCCAGUAGCAGCAGCAGCAGCAGCAGCAGCAGAGCGCGAGACACAAAGCAGCAGCGCAUCAACAGGAGCAGCGGCAGCACCAGAAGCAGCAGCAACAGCCGAGCCAACAGCAGCAACAGAAGCAGCAGCGGCAACAGCAGAAGCUGCUGCAGCAGAGCCAGCAGCAGAAGCAGCAGCGGCAGCAGGAGCAGCAGCAGAAGCAGCAGAGUCGUGGCACCACUCCCCUGCUGCUCAUCCUUUCGCAGCAGCACCACUGCAAGAACAGCAGCAACAGCAGCAGCAGCCACAGAUCUCUGCUGCAGCAGCUCAGCGUCUGCUUGAAUUGCUUCACGGUUUGCUGCUAGCAAUGAGGCGGCAGCGAGCAGCCUUUGGAGGACAGCUGCAGCACGCGCGGCUGCUGCUGCGGCAGCUGCUGCUGCUGCUGCCAGGGGAGUUCACUGGGGAAGCAGAUAGGCUGCUUGCUGCAGCAGGGAAGAAGCUUCAUCGCAAGGCAGCUGCAGCUGUUGCUGCUGCUGCAGCAGCUGCUGCUGCGGACAUGCAAGAUGAUGCUGCUGCUUCUGCUGAGGGGGAGGAGGAUGCCGCAAAUGACUCUGGUGCAGCUGAACCCACAGCAGCAGCAGCAGCAGCAGCAGCAGCAGCAGCAGGAAAGCAUGCCAGUCCCACGCAGACACUGUUGGGGUCUCAGCCCUCUCCAGCAACCAGGACAGCAUCACCUGCAGCAGGAUCAGCAGCAGCAGCAGCAGCAGCAGCGGCAGCAGCAGCGGAUGCCUUCGCCGCCUAUGCACCUAGUGGAGGUCCCCUGUUGCUGUCAGACCUCGAAAAUGAAUUUGCGCUGUCUCCUCAGCUGCAAGCUGCUGCUGCUGCGUUUGCUGCAGCGCUGCAGCAGCAGCAACUACACCUCUCGUCGCCUCUCCUUCCAGAGAAGAAGAAGCAGCAGCAGCAGCAGCAGCAGCAGCAAUCAUCUCUGCUGCUUGGGAGCUCACAGAGUACUGCUGCUCUGUCAGCAAGCCCGGAGCUGCAACCCCACGACAGCACGCAGCAGCAGCUGCUGCUGCUCCGGCAACAGGAGCAGCAGCAACAGCAACAGCAUCGGCCCUUGCCGCCGCAGCAGCAGCAGAGACAGCAGCUUCCCCAGAGAUCCCUGUACAGCAGCAGCACGUCCGGCUGUCUCCCUGUUGCUUCUGCUGCAAGGGGCAAUAUGCCUGCUGCAGUGGAGAGAGAAGCGCUGCAGCAGCCCACCCCGCAGCAGCAGCAGCAGCAGCAGCACGGGAGACAGCCUCCACCUGACUCGCUGCAGCAGCGGCUCGCCUCCUGUCCCUCUCUGACAGAGUUGAAGCAUCGAAUUGCUGCUCUCAGAGCUGCUCUAGAAGGGCCCUCAGAGCAGCAGCAGGAGCAGCAGCAGCAGCGGGAGCAGCAGCAGCAGCAGCAGCAGCAACAGGAUCGGUAUUCUUCUGCUGCUGUCCUGCAGCGGCUACGGAAGUUGAUGGCGGAGGAGGCUGUGCAACCGCUCCAGCAGCAGCAGCAUCAGCAGCAACGCCAGCAGCAGCCGCAGCAACAGCAGCAACAGCAGCCAGAACCCUUUGAAUCGCAGGUGCUUCCUACGUGGCAGCAAGAGCAGCAGCAGCAGCAGCAGCUUACGCAGCAACAGCAGCAGCAAACUCUCGCUGCUGCAGCGCUUUCCUCACUCCCUCGCCAACAGGUUAGAUUCAGGGAUGAGCCGCAGCAGCGCGAGGUGUCUGCUGCUUCACCCCAAGCAACAACAGCAGCAGCAGCAGGUGCCGCUGCUGCUGCUGCUCCUGCUGCAGUGUACGAACGGGCACCUGCGGGUAUAUUGUCUCCUUUAGCUGGCGGCACAAUCGCAGGGCCUAUUCUUUCCUUAAGGCACUCAUUAAAGGAGCAGCAGCAGCAGCAGCAGCAGCAGCAGCGACGAGAGCAGCGGCAGCUGCUGCUCCAGCAGCAGCGCAGGAACAGCAGCAGCAGCAGCAGCACAUCUUUAUCCCCGCAGCAGCUCUAUCAGGAGCGCUUCUUCUCCUUCUGUACGGGGGGACACGCCGCUAGCCCCUGCAGCAGCAGCAGCAGCAGCAGCAGCAGCAGCAGACGCAUCGACACGCAGCUGCGGCCGACCCCAAGGGCACAUUCUGCAGCAGCGGCAGCCACAGCAGCUGCAGCCACAGCAGCAGCACGCCCACGCAGCGCAGUGCGCAAGUCGCACCAACAGCAACAGCAGCAGGAGCAGCAGCAGCAGCUUCCUUUUUGGGAGCGGCUCAGUCAGCCCCAGGCCAUACAUAAAGGCCGUCACUUGCAGCAGCAGCAGCAGCCUGAACAGCAGCAGCAGCAGCAGCAGCAGCGGCGUCUGGUGCAACUACAGAGAGCACAGGAGCCACGUCAGCAACAGCCGGCCCACCAACUGCAGCAGCAGCAGCAGCAGCAGCACGUCGCGUGUGGCUGUCGGUCGCAGCAGCAGCAGCAGCAAGAGCAGCAGCAGCUACAGGAGCAGAUGCUGCUGCAGCAGCAGCUAGACGCACUUAGGGCAGAAGAACGUCAGCUGCAGCAGAAGCAGCAGCGGCUGCUGGCUCUGCAAGAGCAGCAUCGGCAGCGCCAGCAGCAGCGUCAACAGCAGCAGCAGCAGCAGCAGCAAGAGGAGCCUGUCUCUGUUCGUUUGCGGCUGGAGCUGCCUGGGGACCCCUCUUCGUUGCUGCUGCGUUGGGCUACAGACAGUGAAGAGGAGACAGCGCAGGCAGAGACAGAUUUAAAAGGAGACAGCAGAGCAGAGACAAAAAGCAAAAGAGACAACAGAGAGAAGAAGGAGAAGGGAAGCAGCAGCAGCAGCAGCAGCAGCAGCAGCAAAGACACCUGGAAAGACAAGCUUGUCUUCAGAUACCCCCCAGCAGACAGAGUUACUACAGGUGGCUGA